GAGGAUAUUAAUACGGAUUCGAAUAGGGGAAUAGGGUGUUUGUUUGUUUAGUUGUUCUGGAGUGCUUACAGAAUUUAGUCCGGGGCCUCGGGAUGGGGUCCUGCUUGUCAUCUGAUAGCAGGAGUCCUCAUCCUGGUUCUCCUGCAUCUACAAUUAGGAAGAGGAAGAACUCAAAGAAGAGGUCAGGAUCGCGGAAUUCUUCCUUUGACAUUCAUAAGGAAGAGCUGCUGCAUAGGAUUCCCGGGCGUAUGUUCUUGAAUGGUUCUAGUGAGGUGGCUUCACUCUUCAGUCAGCAGGGAAAGAAAGGGACUAAUCAAGAUGCUAUGAUUGUGUGGGAGAAUUUCGGUUCCAGAGAAGAUACUGUUUUCUGUGGUGUUUUUGAUGGUCAUGGUCCUUUUGGUCAUAUGGUUGCAAAACGAGUCAGAGAUGCACUUCCCUUAAAGCUAAGCACACACUGGGAAGUUAAUAUAAAAAGUGAAGACGUUCUAAGAGAGAUCAGUCUCAACACGGGGAGUAGCCUAUAUCCUGAGGAUGCUGUCCUCAUCUCUGCUGAGGAGUCGAGGCUCUCAAUUGAUGUUGAAGAGACCAAAAAACACUUGGAAGUAUUUCAGACAUUGAAGGAGUCAUUUCUGAAGGCGUAUAAGGUUAUGGAUAGAGAACUGAGAAGCUAUACCAAUAUCGACUGCUUCUGUAGUGGAACAACAUCAGUAACGCUAGUUAAACAGGGUGAGAAUCUUGUUAUUGGUAAUGUUGGAGACUCUAGAGCUGUGCUGGGUACGAGAGGCGAGGAUGAUUCUCUCACUGCAGUGCAAUUGACAGUAGAUCUUAAGCCCGAUUUACCAGCGGAGUUUGAGAGGAUUCGCAAAUGUAAAGGGCGAGUGUUUUCUCUUCAAGAUGAACCAGAUGUUGCAAGAGUGUGGAUGCCAAAUAGCAACUCUCCUGGACUUGCCAUGGCUCGUGCUUUUGGCGAUUUUUGCCUCAAGGAUUUUGGUGUCAUCUCAGUACCUGAAAUUUCUUACAGGCGUUUAUCCGAGAAAGAUGAAUUCAUUGUUCUGGCGACAGAUGGGAUUUGGGACGUACUUUCAAACGAUGAAGUAGUAAAUAUUGUCGAUUCGGCUUCAUCCCGUUCAUCUGCAGCUCGAUCACUUGUUGAAGAAGCCGUUCGAGCCUGGAAGAUCACAUACCCAACUUCUAAAGUCGAUGACUGUGCAGUUGUCUGCCUCUUCCUUGAUUCAAACUCGAAUAACUUCUCUACUGCUUCUAGUACAGAAGACAACGACAAGACUUUCGUCUCAAUGGAAAUGAGUGAAGUUAGCAACAAUACGGGUGGUGCCCUUAGUCCACCUGCAUUGAAUCGUUCCUGUACUGUUCGAGAAGGUGAAGAGGUUUCAGCAGUCAGCAACGAGGAAGCCUCGGAACAGGAUGAGUUGCUACCUAAGACGGAAAAAGAAUGGUCUGCUCUUGACGGGGUAGCUGUUGGAGGAUCAAAAUACAAGAAGAAAUAGUAAGAACUUGCCUUGCACCAGGCGCUUACACCAAACCAAUGGAUGCAUGACAUGUGUUUGCACAUCGACUUUCCUCACUUUAACUAUGGUUAACAUAUAUUUUCACCUCGUUAUUAACCAUGGUCAGCCGCGUCUAGGUGUUAGUAAGUUUUUACCAUGUCCAAAUAUGGAUUCAUUUCUCUGUCUUAAUUUCCAUUUUGUUUAGUUCUUAUGAUCAGUUUUUUUUACUGUAAUAAUUCUUUCUCUAUAGUUUAUGUAACAGUACUAGCUAUUUAUUUUUUU